AUGUCGACACCAAGGCCACAGGCUGGCCACUUUAGCAUUCUAUACUUCGCUUCUGCUGCAUCCUUCACAAACAAGUCGUACGAUCACUUGGCGGCCCCAAUGAAGCUCUCGACGCUGUUUGGCCACCUCGAAGACAUGUACCCUACAAUCAAUCAAAGAAUUCUGCACAGCUGUGCUCUCACCGUGAACCUGGAAUACGUAGACGCCCAAGCAGAUGCUGACAUGGUCGUCAACGAGGGAGACGAGGUCGCUGUCAUCCCGCCUGUGAGCUCUGGAUGA